AUGGCGCCUCACCAUCCAACUGGCACUGAACAAGAAAAGGACGAUGCAAUGUACUUUUAUCCUCAUUCUCCAAAAUCAUGGUUUUCAAAUGACCAAUGGGUUAGAUCAGAAUUUGUCCUAGUGAUAUACAAGACAACAGAAAGCACAGAAAAGAUUAAUGAAAAAGGCUUUUCUGUGUUUCCAGUAAUCACAACCCCUUCAAAAAAUGAGACAUUUGAUGUCGAAGUAGGAAAAACAGCAACUAUCACCUGUGUAGCCUGCUUUGGCACAGGCUCUCAGAUCUUGACUGCUGUCCUGUGGCAGAUUAACAAAAGGAACAUUGGAAAUUUUAAUGAACCAAGAAUUCAAGAAGAGGAAGGUCAAAAUCAUAGCAACGACAUGGGCUGUUUAACCUCCGUGUUAAGGAUAACUGGAGUGACAGACAAGGACUUGUCCCAGCAAUAUGACUGUAUGGCCCUGAACACUCACGGCCACGAAAGGCACCCCAUAAGACUGAGAAAGAAACAGCCAAUUGAUCGUCGAAGCACCUACCACUUAGUUGUGGGAUGCAGUACGUUGCUAAUGCUUGUCAGUGUCUUGGUGAUAGUUUUAAAAGUGUUCUGGAUUGAGGUUGCUCUCUGCUGGAGAGACAUAGUGACACCUUACAAAACUCAGAAUGAUGGCAAGCUCUAUGACGCUUAUGUCAUUUAUCCACGGGGCUUCUGGGGCAGCUCAGCAGGAGCCAGCUCUGUAGAGUUCUUUGUUCAUCAUACUCUGCCCGACAUUCUGGAGAAUAAAUGUGGCUACAAGUUGUGCAUUUAUGGGAGAGACCUGCUGCCAGGACAAGACGCGGCCACCGUGGUGGAAAGCAGCAUCCAGAAGAGCAGGCGGCACAUGUUUAUCCUGGCCCCUCACAUGAUGCACAGCAAGGAGUUUGCCUAUGAACAGGAGGUUGCCCUGCACAGCGCCCUCAUCCAGAACAACUCCAAGGUGAUUCUUAUUGAGAUGCAGCCUGUGGGUGAGGCAAGCCGGCUGCAGGUUGAGGACCUUCAGGACUCUCUCCAGCACCUUGUGAAAAUGCAAGGGACCAUCAAAUGGAGGGAAGACCAUGUGGCCAACAAGGAGUCGCUAAGCUCCAAAUUCUGGAAGCAUGUGAGGUACCAAAUGCCAGUGCCUCGCAGACCCCCCAGGAUGGCACCUGUUGCGGAUCCUUUGACUGGCAAAGCAUGCCUGGACCUACAACACCUUUGAGUUGUGGACCUGACUGCCCAGAGAUGAGUGUGUCCCAGCAGCAGGCACCACAGUGGAAGUGUGAAGACUUGAGAUGUCAAGGGCAGCAACCCCAGGUCCCAG